CGCGCGCGCGGGCGGGUCCCGCGCAUGCGCAGCGCGCGCCGGCCGGCGGCGCGUGUGUUGUGGUGCGGCGGCGGCAAGAUGGCGGCGCCCGGGGGUUCGGCGGGCGCCGCGGCGCUGAGGGCGCUGGUCCAGCAGUUCACCGCCAUCACCGGUGCCAGUGAAAGCGUGGGGAAGCACAUGCUCGAGGCAUGCAACAACAACCUGGAGAUGGCUGUCACCAUGUUCCUGGACGGAGGAGGGAUCGCAGAGGAGCCCAGCACCAGCUCGGCAGCGGCCGCCGCCGUCCGCCCGCACCCCGAGGAUGAAGUACGAGCUCCAAUUCCUCAAAAGCAGGAAAUCUUAGUAGAGCCUGAGCCCUUGUUUGGAGCUCCCAAAAGACGCAGACCUGCUCGCUCAAUAUUCGAUGGCUUUCGGGAUUUUCAGACAGAAACCAUCCGGCAGGAGCAGGAGCUCCGGAACGGAGGCGCCGUGGACAAGAAGCUGACGACACUGGCAGACCUCUUCAGACCUCCCAUCGACCUGAUGCACAAAGGCAGCUUUGAAACGGCCAAGGAGUGUGGGCAGAUGCAGAACAAGUGGCUCAUGAUAAACAUUCAGAACGUGCAAGAUUUUGCCUGCCAGUGCCUCAACCGCGAUGUCUGGAGCAACGAGGCAGUGAAGAACAUCAUCCGGGACCACUUCAUCUUCUGGCAGGUGUACCAUGACAGCGAGGAAGGCCAGCGGUACAUACAGUUUUAUAAAUUAGCAGACUUCCCUUAUGUCUCCAUCCUGGAUCCCAGGACAGGCCAGAAGCUCGUGGAGUGGCACCAGUUGGAUGUGACUUCUUUCCUGGACCAAGUGACCGGGUUCCUGAGCGAGCAUGGCCAGCUGGACGGCCACGCCAGCAGCCCUCCCCAGAAAUGCUCCCGCUCAGAGAGUCUCAUCGAUGCCAGUGAGGACAGCCAGCUGGAAGCUGCCAUCAGAGCCUCCCUGCAGGAGACACAUUUUGAUUCCUCUCAGGCCAAGCAGGAGAGCCGGUCAGACGAGGAGUCGGAGUCGGAGCUCUUCUCUGGAAGUGAAGAGUUUAUUUCAGUGUGCGGAUCGGAGGAGGAGGAGGAGUCGGAGAUUCCAGCCAAGCUGAGGAAGUCUCCACACAAGGACUUGGGGUAUAAAAAAGAGGAGAGCCGCAGGCCUCAGCCUGAGCCCUCUGCAAGGACUGAGCCUGGGACAGCAUCAAACCACAGAGUCCUGCCCUGCCUCGAUGCGGGGGCGCUGGAGGAGUCACCUGACAAGCCUGAAAGUACGUUCCGAGGCCUGGACGUGAAUGGACCAAAGGCACAGCUGAUGCUGAGGUAUCCAGAUGGAAAGAGGGAACAAGUUUCACUGCCUGAACAAGCUAAACUUCUGGCUCUUGUGAAACACGUCCAGUCCAAAGGAUACCCCAACGAACGCUUCGAGCUGCUCACCAACUUCCCCCGCAGGAAGCUCUCCCACCUGGACUAUGAGACCACGUUACAGGAGGCAGGCCUGUGCCCUCAAGAGACUGUCUUUGUGCAGGAGAGGAAUUAGCACUGUGGCCUGAGCUCUCCCAGCCUUCCUCCCUCUCCUCUUUGCCUGGGACAAGAGUCGUUAAAUAUGCAGUUAAGGGUCGUGGGAUUGCAGUGCUGGAAUCAGGCAGCUGGCUGGCCCUUCCUUCUCCCUCCUCCCCUCUCUCCCUCUCUUCUCCUGCUCUAGUGACCAAAAGAGAGUGCUCAGAGUUUUAUUUUCUUCCUCAGCUGCAGAGAGCAUUGGGAAGAACAUCUUUCCUGUGCUUUCCUGGAAUAAAGUAAAACAGUGAUCUGUAUAUCCAGCAUGCUGGAGCUUGGAGUGGCCAUAAUACACAAACCCUUCUCGCUGCUAUCCUUAACUCUGUUUUGUUUAAUUUAUUUUUGAAAAGAGUGUGUGAUAAGGCACGGAGGCAUCUCUGUAAGGAGAGAGCUUAACCUUCAGGACAGUCUUUCCUUUGUUUGGAUUCCCUACACAAAAGGUCUCCAUUAACCUUCCAGCAUUCUCUUAUCCAACACUGGUUUUAGAAAGGAGUUGGGUUGAGCCGUGGUAAAAUCCUCUGCCCCACCUAAUUCAAAGGCUUCUAGACUGCCAGCAUGUUUUCCUCCUGCUUUAAAUUGCCAGUGGACAUAGUAAAAAAACCAACCAACCCCUCAGAAAUCCCACUGUGCACCAUGUGGGAUUGACUGCUUGGCCCAGAGGGAAAGCUGUGAGUCCAGUGCAGGAGCAGAACCAGCUCCUUGGUGGGACUGGGUGGGUUAUCCACCUUCUCUUCCCAGCAUCCUCAAAGUGUCUCCUUACUUGCUCUCAGGAUUUUGCAAAUGACAAAGGUACUGUAAAGGUUUUGGAUUCUCUGAAAACGCCUGCCACAGAGACCUGGCAGUCAGUUGGCUUUUUUCCUUGGCACAGUGGUUGGUUUUUCUAGGAGUGAGGGGCUUUACAGAGGUUUUACAGCACUAACAGCAUUGAGCAUCAAUUAAUGCUUCAUAAAACACUUCCCAGCCUGGUAGCUUGAAUUCCCUGGGAUGAUUUUUGUUCUAUUUCCCCAUUUACUGUCACUUACAUCUAAAUUUGGAGGGCUGCAUGGAAAGCUGCUCCUUGGUGCAGGCUUUCCUCUCAGCUCUGGAAGCUGGCACCACAAGUCAGUGCUCUGGUUUUCCUCCAGUGUCUUCUCUAGCCAUGGGGCUGAUGGUCAGGUGGUGUUUUAGGAGAUGUUCCAGUGGGACAGGGGUUAACAACCCUCAGCAUGGUGUGAUGAAUUUGUGUAUUUACAACUAAAAACUCAAUUUAACGUGGUCUUCAGUCACUGAGGAGAAAGACACAUGGGACCUGGCAUAACUGCUGACAUUUUCUGCCACUCUCAGAUGAUUGUCCUUGUUAAACACUUUAGUAGUCAUAAAUUUACAUAGUUCAGUUUUCAACUAUUUUGCCUUUGAUUUCAUACUAGCAUCUGUACUUUGGAACCUUUAAAUGCAAGAAACCACAGAAAAUGUUUGGCAUUCCCCAUGAAAACUUCAGCUCACAGCUGGCUCCUGCUCCAAAUUGAGGUUUGAUGUGUAAUCAUGCAAUUGUACAAAUUGAUUUCCCUUUCUGCUGCAGGAUGUAGUGUCAGGAAAGCAGAGUCUCUUCCCAGUUUCCUGCUCGGAUGUCAUCUUUGCUUUGUGAAGACCCCCAGGUGUGGAGGCUGCUCCCAGCAAGGGGAAGUGAGGGGGGAUCUUGUGUUUGGCCUGUGAGGCAGCAGUGGCACCUCUAGACUGAAGGAUCCUGUAGUUCCUGGAUAUCCAGAUCCCUAACUCACAUUUCCUCGUAGACCUAAAGCUUCCUGAGGCAGCUCCAGCUGUCUGCUUGGAAUAACAGGGUGUGGUUUAUUGGCACCUUCCCUCCCCUGCCCCUCCCGGGCCUGCUUCUCUAUGUGGGGCUGGGCUGAGCUUUGAGAUGAGAGCAGGAAUUGCUCAAACAGGGGAAAUGAGACAGGGAAGUUGAACAUUCACACUGAAAAUGGCAUUUUCUUUCUAGGAGUUUGUUCUGUUCCAGGAAGCUGUGGUCCUGGGUUGGGUUUUUGGUUUCUGUGUUGCAGUGUGGUUUUUUCUAUCACCUUUCUUUUGCUUUGCUUUGAGAGCAAGAAACAGAAAAAAAAAUUUAAGCAAUAUGUAUCCCUGCACAUGGUGCUUCUCUUAGUUCAUUCCUCUCUCCUUCCCAACCCAAACAAACCCAGUGCCACACGUGAGCUGUGCUGUGGGGGCUGGAAGCUGAUGAGAAACUGCACCAAGCAGGACACAGCCUCUUCAGCUCUUCAUCCCUGUGGAGAAAUGUGUUUGCUGGCCUGAGGAAUGUGGGUGAAAGCACAAAUCCAGUCCUGCCUGGGACAGCUCGUGGCACUGAAGGUGAUGGGUUGGGCAGUGUUGAAAGAGCCUUGAAACAGUCACUGCUAGAUGUGAAAUCUGAAGCUCAAAUUGCCUUUGCUGGAAAAAAUGUGUUGAAUUGGAUUGGGAAAUACGAUGUUGAGCUGUGAAGGACAAAGGAAACCAAUCCUUCAAAAGCUUUGGUUUGUGGCUUCCUGCGGGUGUCACUUGGGCAGGAUUUGCAUGUGGGGCUGCAGGAGCAGCAGUGCAUGUAGGCAGUGGAGGUUUGAGUGGAGAACUGCUCAGGGCUGUCGUGUUUGAAGCUGGAACUCCUUGCUGCUGGUGGUGAUGCUCCCUUUGCCUGUGCUCUCCACCUAACACAGCUUCAUUUUGGGUUAUAAUAAUGUCCAGUAGUCCCAGUCACAGCCGGGAUCCUGGGACAGAAGAUGAAACAAGCUCUGGCUCUCCCUGCCAGGUGCAGCUGGCACAUUUACUCCCCACUUCAGAGGGCCACAGAAGGAUUUUGGGUCUUUCUGAUGCUGCAUGCUCUUCAGUCAGGCUGAUUGACCAGCCUCAACCUCACAGCAUUCCCCAGUGACCUAAAAAGGGCAGGUAGAGGCUGGGCCAAACAUUUCUGGCCAUACUUGUGUUAUUUUCUUUAGGCUUUGAACUAAGGUCUGUGUUUUUUAUGAUUUCUGAUGGUUCAUGGACUGCAGUUGAUUGUUUUUCCUGGUAAAUCAGUUCAGUUAACACCACUGAUCUUAGAGGAAUGUCCAGGAUCUGCAGGCAGCCGUGUAAAAUACAGUUGUCUGUAAAAGACAUCCAGAUUCCUAAGUAAAACCAGGAAUUUUUCCAUCAGUUCUGUCCAGAGCUCCCUGACCUUCUCCUCACUGUUAGGGGGAAGUGACACCUUUCCUUUCACAGCUUGUGUUUCACAGGGUCCACGUCCUUCAGAGCUGAUUUGUACACUCAGCUUGCCCUGGCACUGGUGCUGUGGUUUGUACUUUGCAGAAACUGUGUUUGGUGCAGGUUUUAGUAAUUCAACCUCUCUGCUGAGCAAAUUCCUGUUUCUGCAGAGAGGUUCUUCACUAGGACUCAAGCAACAAGGGCUAAAUUAAAACCCUUUUAAAAUUAAUUUAAUUUUAAAAUUAAUUUAAUUUUAAAAGUGUUCUUUUGGGGACAAGGAAGCAUUUGGGCUGUUUGUUAGGUAGCAAAUGCUGCAGAGAUGCUUGAAAUGUGGGGUUUUUUUGGUAAACCAAAUAAAAAUGAAAUACGAACAAAGGGACCUGUGUAGGAAUGUCCGUGUGAGUGGGAAGAGCCGUGUCAUUUCAGGGCCUCAUCACUUCACUUUUAUUCCUUUUUAGUUUGUAUUAAAUGUCACUACUUUCUUGUGGUUUUAUCCCUGUUUAGUGAAGUUUAUAAAACAGGUAGUCUGGUGUUCCAGGAGGAGAAGGGAUGGCAGAGAUGCGCUUUGGGUGGGUGAAGUGCAAAGUCGCUGUCCUUAAGGACUGGCUGUGCCUUGUCUGGCUGUUCCCAUAGGCUCAAAUCCAGCCUCUGCUCUCCCUCACCCUUUCUAUUUAUUUAUUUUCACAAGUGAUUUUCUAUAAAUGGAACAGCUCCUGUUCCAAAGACAAGCUGAAGCCGAGGCCUGUGCUGGCUGUGUUGUUGGAGGUACCCCCAGGCCUGUGUGGAUUUGGAGCUGGUGAGGUUGGUGGAUGCCUUUUCUGUGCUUUUAUUCCUGUCUCCUCUUGUCCGUGGGGUGCUCAGUGUCUGUGCACUCCCACCAAACAGAGCCAUAAGUAUUUACACACACAGGGGCUCAGCCAGAGGCUGCUGCAGCCGGCAGAGCCUCAGCCUGCCCGGGUUAUCCACCUGUUCCAUGGGCACCUCGUGGUGGGGCAGGAAUUCAGGGUUUGGUCGCUGUGAGCACUGGAGUGUCUGCAGUGCACAGAAAGUCACUUGGUAACUUUGUUAAAUGGUGCCCAGAUUGAAGGUAUAGAACUGAAACUAUGGAGCAGGGGAUGAGGUGCUAUUUUAUAGACCAGAUUUAUAUGAAGAACAUCUGAGUAAAACUCAGCUCAGAAACACCAGACUCUAGGACACGUGAUUUUAUAAAAACGAGGCUGUUUCCUGGAACUGGGGAACAUCCAGUUUCUAAGGGACAGCUUUUCACAAUGGUCACUUUCUUCAAUAAUGGCAACUUCACAUGGAAGGAGGGAGAGGAUUAAUUUGGAAGUUUUCAGCUCACUGUGCUGGGAGGGACCAAACUCAAGGAAACCUCUGAUCUAUAUACACAACUGCUGCAUUUUUUAUAAAUAUAUGUAAAUGUCCUAUUGUAAUAUUUGAUCCUGGAAAUAAAACAAACUGUUUUCAGUA